UUAAAUGUCCUAUAAAUGUUGGUUAUCGAGACUAAUGUUGGCGAUCUGUUUCUGAAUGUUUGGUUGGUACUCUUAAAUCGUACAUUGCAAUGCAGUUUUGAAGUGGUGGAAAAGUAUUGUGGUUGGAGGUGUGGGUCCUCAAGUAAGAUAUUGUAAUUGAAAGUUGAUUCAUCUUAAAGGGUGGCUGGCUGGCUGAGUGAAAGAGAUGAUGUGCGUAGAAUGAUUGAUGUAUUUUCUUAAAUCUUACAUUACAUCUUUGCCUUCGCACACUUAGAGGAAAAGAAAAGAAGGGUUGAACUGUUUCUUCCUUCGUCCUUUUCCUUUUCUUGUCCCUUCUUUUUUCUAUUUUCUUUAAACAAAAUUUCUGAAAUUAACCGCACCCGUUGUUUUUCUCCGUAAAAGAAUGAAUAGAAUUGGUGUAAAUGGAGAAAAGAAUGAGCGAUAAAUGUAGCAGUAGCAGCGUGAAUUUCUCUCUCUCUUUCUCCAAAUUUAAAAUGGACAAAAAUUGGGAGGCAUGAUCCGACGGUCCCGAUUGGUUUUGAUGGUUGUUAUAUUCAUUUGAAUGGAAUUUCGUUCAUUUUGUGUUUGUCACUGAGAAUCGAUUUUUCAUCCUCUCUUCUCCUCUUCUCUCCUCUCUCUCGCACUCGCAUUUCCAAAGAGCAGAUAUUAGAAGAUGGCAGACGCUGAGGAUAUUCAACCCCUUGUUUGUGAUAAUGGAACGGGAAUGGUUAAGGCGGGGUUUGCGGGAGAUGAUGCCCCACGUGCUGUCUUCCCCAGCAUUGUUGGCCGUCCUCGCCACACUGGUGUGAUGGUUGGCAUGGGCCAGAAAGAUGCGUAUGUGGGUGACGAGGCUCAGUCUAAGCGAGGUAUUCUCACUCUCAAGUACCCCAUUGAGCAUGGUAUCGUCAGCAACUGGGAUGAUAUGGAAAAGAUUUGGCAUCAUACCUUCUACAAUGAGCUUCGUGUCGCCCCAGAGGAACAUCCCGUUCUCUUGACCGAGGCUCCUCUUAACCCUAAGGCUAAUCGCGAGAAGAUGACCCAAAUCAUGUUUGAGACUUUUAAUGCCCCUGCCAUGUAUGUAGCCAUUCAGGCUGUUCUUUCACUCUAUGCCAGUGGUCGUACAACCGGUAUUGUGUUGGAUUCUGGGGAUGGUGUCAGUCACACAGUCCCUAUCUACGAGGGUUAUGCCCUCCCUCAUGCCAUCCUUCGUCUUGAUUUGGCUGGUCGUGAUCUCACUGAUUUUCUGAUGAAGAUUCUGACUGAACGUGGAUAUUCUUUUACCACCUCAGCAGAGCGCGAAAUUGUGAGGGAUAUGAAGGAAAAGCUGGCUUACAUAGCCCUGGACUAUGAGCAGGAGCUUGAGACAGCCAAGACCAGCUCUGCAGUGGAGAAGAGCUAUGAGUUGCCUGAUGGGCAGGUUAUCACCAUUGGCGCUGAGCGUUUCAGGUGUCCCGAGGUCUUGUACCAACCAUCCAUGGUAGGAAUGGAAGCAGCAGGCAUUCACGAAACAACAUACAACUCCAUUAUGAAAUGUGAUGUUGACAUCAGGAAAGAUCUGUACGGUAACAUUGUACUUUCAGGAGGCACAACCAUGUUCCCUGGCAUUGCUGAUAGAAUGAGCAAGGAAAUUUCUGCUUUGGCCCCCAGCAGCAUGAAGAUCAAGGUGGUUGCACCUCCUGAGAGAAAGUACAGUGUCUGGAUCGGAGGUUCUAUCCUGGCAUCCCUGAGCACCUUCCAGCAGAUGUGGAUUGCAAAGGCAGAGUACGAUGAGUCUGGACCAUCAAUUGUGCAUAGAAAGUGCUUCUAAAUUGUUUGAUCAGUAGGGUUAUUGAAGGGAAAGACGGCUGUUUUAUUCCUCUGGAAGAAGUGCUGCCUGCUUGUAACCCUUUCAUUCUAUUCUAACUUUUUGUAUCCGUUUACGUUAUUCUCUGGAGUGAUGAUUUGGAGAAGGCGAGGAGUUUAUUUUGUCAAAAAUGGUGCAUGCAAUUUUCACUAUUAUUAUAUAUUUGUAUUUUUAUUUUGUUUA